UUCGUCAGGACUAACCGAAAGGAAAGAUAUUAAGAGAUUUGAAAGUAGGAGGGGGAGGCAGAAAUGCGAAAUGAUAGGAGAAGACCGGAGGGGGUGGGAUGAAGCUAAGAGCUGGAAAGGUGAUUGGCCACAGGGAUACAGAGUUGGGGAAGGGAAAGGAUCAUGGGACGGGAGGCCUAGGCAGAACUAAAGGGGAAGGGAGCACCGGAAAGAGAUGGAGAACAGGCAGUGAUGGGGAGAGGGAGAGAGAAGAAAAAAGACGAACAACUAAAUAUGUCAGGGAUGGGGUAAGAAGGGGAGAAGGGGCAUUAACAGAAAUGAGAGAAGUCAAUGUUCAUGCCAUCAGGUUGGAGGCUGCCCAUGUGUUGUUCCUCCAACCUGAAUGUGGCUCCAUCUUGACAGUAGAGGAGUCCAUGGAUAGACAUAUCAGAAUGGGAAUGGGACGUGGAAUUAAAAUGUGUGGCCACUGCGAGAUCCUGCUUUCUCUGGCGGACCGAGCGUAGGUGUUCAACGAAACGGUCUCCCAGUCUGCGUCGGGUCUCACCAAUAUAUAAAAGGCCACACCGGGAGCACUCGACGCAGUGUACCACACCAGCUGUCCUGACGAAGGGUCUCGGCCCGAAACGUCGACAGUGCUUCUCCCUACAGAUGCUGCCUGGCCUGCUGUGUUCCACCAGCAUUGUGUGUGUGUGUUGUGUGAUUCCCCGAGUCUGCAGCGCGCGUAGUGGACAAUCGCGGUACUGCAGGGGAUCAGCAACUCCCCGAAAAUGAAAGCAUUCUGAAUCAGGAAGUGCUGGAGUUAACAUGGCUUCGAAAGGACCGGCCGAGAGUUGGACCGAGGAGGUAAUUUGCCCCGUCUGCCUGGAUUUCUUCACCGAUCCGAUUAUACUGGAGUGUGGACACAACUUCUGUCGCUCUUGUAUCACACGGUAUUGGGAAAGGGAGGAGAGAAACUCCUGCCCGGAAUGUAGAGAGGAGUUUGCUGACCGCACCCUCAGGGUGAAUCGGGCCUUAGCAAAUCUGGCUGAAAAAGCUCGAAAUCUAAACCUGAAUCCGAAAGGGAAGGAAAGUAAACGUCACUGCGAGGAACAUGAGGAAGAACUGAAGCUGUUUUGUGAAACGGACAAGACACUGAUCUGUGUGAUCUGUGCAGCUGCGCAGGAACACAGAGAGCAUCGAUUUGUGCUGAUUACAGAAGCUGUUAAAAACUAUAAGGAUCAGCUAAAAUCUUCCUUAGACUCUCUCACAAAAAAGAAAUCAGACUUCCAGGAAAAGGAGCAGCAACAGAAAGAGAAGAUUACCGGAGUUCGGGAACAGUCACACAGUGUUCAGUCCCACAUCACAUCCCAGUUUGCUGAACUGCGCCAGAUUAUCACUGAGAAAGAGCAGAGCUUACUCAGGGAUCUCAGGGAAGAAGAGAAGAGGAUUCUCAACCCAAUGGAGAAAAAUCUUCUAGCUCUUCAAGAGAAUAUAAGGAUUAUUCAGGAGGAAAUCACUAAGUUAAAGGAACAGAUGGAUCAGAAAGAUAGUGUGAUAUUUCUCAAGGAGGAAGCUCGUCGGAACAGAAGGAUUAAUGACGAUGUCCAGGAAUUAGCAGUGACAGAUGAGGCCCUACCGGUUGAAAAAUUCGAUCACCUCUAUUUGUUGAACACAGUGCUGAGAGAAACGCUUGAUGCUAUUAAUCGAGUCUCUGUCACCCUGGAUGUGGAAACGGCGAGUCCGUGGCUCGAGGU